CUGUCUCUGACUCAAUCCAGACUUUGUUGGACUUCCGCACUAAACUACAAAUGGACGACGCAUGGACUGAAUUCAUGCUUCUUGGCUUUGGGCUUUGUUCUGGAAUGUUUCUAGGAGUUGCGUGAGGAGGAGGGGGUGGAUUUAGGGAAUUCAUCCCUCUUUCUUUAAAGCCACUACCUAGGAGAAGUGAGAGAAUGGGGGCAGGAGCACUCACCAUCUGUCACAACAGAACAGCCGUGCAGAUCAGGAUCAGGGAGGACAUGAAGAAGAUGGUCCAGCUGCCCGUGCUGAAGAAUCUGCCGACUCCUGCCACAGCAGGAGAUAAGAGAGAUUCGAGGGUGUUCGGCGUGUCCCUGAUGGAGCUGAGCAACUUGGGAUUGGUGAAGGACGGCGUGCCCUCAGUGUUGAGGAGCAUGGUGGAGUACCUCAGACAGCACGGGCUGCAGCAGGAGGGUUUGUUCCGUGUGAGCGCUAGCGUGCGUGCUGUGGAGAGUCUGAAGCAGAGGCUGGACAGAGGAGAGGAGGUGGAUCUCGAGCAGGAGGCUGAGGUCUGCACCGUGGCCAGCUUGCUGAAGCUGUACCUGAGAGAGCUUCCUGAGGGCCUCGUUCACUCCUCCAUCCACAACAAACUCAUUCAGCUGCAUAACAAAUCCAAUGAGGAUGAGUUCUGUAAGGACAUGCAAGAACUCCUGCUAAAGUUGCCAGAUGUUCAUUACAGCGUCCUGCGCUACCUGUGCCACUUCCUCACCCAGGUGGAACAGCAGCAGUGCCACAACCGAAUGACUGCAUUCAACCUGGCAACCGUGUUUGGCCCUAAUGUUUUCCAUGUGUCCUCUGGUUUUGAAGGCAUCCAGGAACAGGAUGUCUGUAAUAAGAUCAUGGCCAGGCUCAUUGAGAACUAUAGCACCAUCUUUGAGCCAGAUGGAGGACAGGAGCUGCCCCAAACCAAGCCUUCAAACAUCAUCAUGGUCAAAGAGGCCCACAUAGAUAUAGUGCACACAGAUACCAUGUCAACAUCCUCUCCAACACCAAAAGCACCCAGUCCACUUCCCAGAAAGAAGAAGGCCACACGGAGCAGUCCGGUCGAAGACAAGGUCCCACCAACAGAGCAAGAGUUGAGCCUAGAAACCCCAGUCCCCACGCCGAGAAAAAAGAAGGUGAAGAGGGUGAAAGGUGAAGCAGUAUUGAGAUCAAUACCCCAGCCUGCACCUUCCACAAGUCUUCCCUUCUCCAGACAUUUAUCCCAGGCUUCAGAGCACAGAGCCAAACCUCGACUAAACACCCUGGGCUGGAGCUCUCCGGAGGAAAGCAUGGAUCUGAACCCUCCUAAACUCAGCCCCAUCGGGAGCAUGGACACUGUGAGCAGCUCUCAGGAUGAUGAAAGACCAAUAUCUCCCUUCUAUGUGAGCUCCCAGCUCUCUCCUGGUCAUUACAGGCCUGACUUAGCACAUUAUCUGGAGAAGACGAUCCGCUCAGCGGUGGAGCAGCACCUCUUUGAUGCUCACAUGCAACCAGAUCAGAGUUUACAGCAGACCUCAGAAGCAGCAGGUCAAUCUUCGUUUCCUGCAACCACGGCUCGUCAGAGGAGGCGACAGCAGAGAGAGCAGGAGGAGAACCGAGAGAGGUGCAGGGAUGACAUUGAUAAGGAGAACAUCCCGUCUCGUGGGCUGAACAGCAGUGCUAGCAUUAGCAUCAGCAUCACCGAGGAGAGUGAGAGGAGGCUGGCCACUGCUGAUGAAGACUCCAGGUCCAGGAAACCCAAACAAAGCCCUACCCUCACCGAGCUGUCUCAUAACCAAGGCUCACUCAGUCAACACAGCUCAUCCAAAUCACAUGACAGAAAUAUGGCAGAGAGUAUGGGGCCUACACAUAACAGGGAAGCAUGGAAAACGAACGACUCGGCUCGUCCCAAGACGCCUGCCAUGAAGAUCCAGGAGGCCAUCAACGGCCCGGAGCCUUCAGACGGCUGCGAGGACGUUCCUCGACUGGACCUGUCCGCUCUAAUGGAGGACAGCAACUGGGGAGAACCAGUGCCAGCCUACUCAUCGUGGCACAGAGACAACAUGGACAGUGAAGAAGCUCACCUCUCGCCCCACACUGGGGGCAAAAUGAUCCGUCAACUGCUGGAGGAAGACUCCGAUCCCAUGCUUUCACCACGCUUCUACGCCUACGGGAACUCGCAGCAGUACCUGGACGACACCGAGGUGCCUCCCUCACCGCCCAACACACAUUCUUUUAUCAGCCGGCGGCGGAGUUCUUCUCUCGGCUCUUGUGAUAAUGAAUCUGAGGAGCUCACGUCAACGCAGCUCUCUAAAAAGAUCCACAACCUCAAGAAAAAGAUCCGGAAGUUUGAGGAAAAGUUUGAGGAAGAACGCAAAUACAGGCCGUCGCACAGUGACAAAGCGGCCAACCCCGAGGUCCUGAGGUGGAUGAAUGAGCUGGCUAAGCUUCGCAAAGACCUUAAAGAGCACAGUUUGCUGAAGUCAGAGGAAGAUUUGGCUCCUUUGCCGAGGCAGCGCAGCAACACGCUACCCAAGAGCUUCGGCUCUCAGCUGGAGAAGAAAAGCAGCGAGGCCAAGACACCCAAACCACCUGUGGAGAGCACGCUGGAGACGGUGAUGAACAAACUGCAGGAGAAACGCACCGAGGCUGGCCGGCCCGAGGACAUCAAGGACAUGACCAGAGAACAGAUUGGUGCAGAGAAAGUAGCUCUGCAGAAAGCGCUGCUAUAUUACGAAGGCAUCCAUGGCAGACCGAUCACAAAGACUGAAAGACAACUCAUGAAGCCGCUGUAUGAUCGAUAUCGCCUCGUCAAGCAGAUCCUAUGCAGAGCGUCCACCAUCCCUGUCAUUGGCUCUCCAUCCAGCAAGCGGCGAGGCCUUCAGCUGCAGCCCAUUAUCGAGGGGGAACCCGCUCUCUUCUUCGACCACGGCAAGGAGGAAGAGGAUGGUUCAGAUGAAGACAACGACAACAGGACGCAGUUUGCCCAGCUGACGGUGCGUCCGGAGCUGAGCAUGCUGGGAUUUCUGGACCACCUGGAUGAGGAGGUGGAUGGUUUUAUUUCGCCUGUAGACGAGUUGUCGCCUUCAAAGAACAGCACCGACAUGAGACUGUCCAACCUGCACGCUGCCACCAUACAGGAACUGGUGGAGCAGCUCCAGGAAGCUCGAGAGGAAAAGAAAAGAAUCCGAAAGAACCUGCGUGAAUUCGAGGACCAGUUCUUCAGGCAAAACGGCAGAAACGUGCAGAAGGAAGAUCGCUCGCCCUUGGCAGUGGAAUACAACGAAUACAAGCACAUCAAGGCAAAGCUGAAGCUGCUGGAAGUCCUGAUCAGCAAAAGAGACUCCUCUAAGUUCAUCUAGCAACUAGCAUUGAGGAAAUAAAGCACAAGGACAAGCAGACUCUGCUCAUGCUAAAGCUAAAUAAGCUGGUUGAAAGCCCUCCUGGUGAAGUCGCACAUUGGGUGGUUUUUUUUUUUCCCCCUCUCAAGCCAUCUGUAGCUCACAGGCAGAUUUGGCAGAAGAAGAUGCCCCUCCCCCCCCCUCCUCCUCCUCCUCCUCUUCCCUGUUGGAUUUCUCUACCACUAUUCACACACACUCAGAGUGAUACGAUCUCACGGUCCUUCUGCUGGACUGCAAACAGAUGUCAUGUAUCUCAGUUCCAGUACCAUCAACCAAUCAGCUGCGGCUUUCAUCAACCAAAUUUCCACCUUAACCACUGACAGAUCUCACAUUUGACACUCUCACGGUGUUGUUAUACGUACACAUACAGUAUAAGUCUAAUAUAUUUGAUUACAUAAGGAGUUGUAUUUAUUUCGUCGAACCUUUCUGUUUUAAUGGAGUGUCUGUUUAAUCAGAGAGGAUUAGAAACGUUUCACAGGAUAGCAAACCUCUUCAUUUUUGAUAUGACAUGAUAGUAGAUUUGUGGAUGAUUACUGCUACACUGCCAGUCAAACGUUUUUAAACACCUACAGGUUAUGUUUUAGAUUUAUUUUAUAAAAAAAAGACAAUGUUUUUAUGUGAGGAUUUUAUUAACACUCACAUCCUAAUGGCGCAACAGAAAAGCAUGAUCCAUGAGUUCAAAUCUAAUUGGCUGUGCUGUCUGGGUGAGGGGGAUGGUGUUACUCUGUCCCUGUCAAUCACAGUGAAAUCAACCAAUCGUGGGCGUCUGUGAGCUCGUGUAUGAGGAAGAGGGCGGAUAGCACUUUCCUCCGAGUGUAUUACACUGUCCCGUGACGCAGCAUGAAGAGCAGUUCGAAAAGACAUGAUGUUUUUCCUUUCCCAGUUUGUAACCUUUUCCAAUUAGGGCUCAUUUUUUCAGUUCACUUACACCUGAGAUUUUGAUUUUCUCAUUUUGAAAAAAUUGAAUCGAACGCGGGUGUGUUUUACCCUCAAUGCGAUUCUUUUAAGUAGGUGAGGUUAAGUAGCGCCCACCCUCGGGCAUGGACCACAACAACCGGUCUGAGUGUCUGGGCGAGGGGGUCUCAUCCACACCCGAGUGAAAUGUAACGCAGUUCGAUUACAGUAAGAAAGAGAUUCGACUCUGAAUCGACUUCUCGAACCUGAAAGAGAAUCAAUAUUGUGGCUGCGAUACACACAAUGUUUUAAACUAGUUAUUUAUAGAGUUAUCUAAUUAUUUAUUUAGCGCAGCCUCUGUGUUCUCAGCGCUCGGGUGAUUUUUGUUAUUUCUAAGCAUGCUCCUUUUAACAGUAAAACUCAACUUUUUUCCCCUUGCUUUUUUGUUCCUUUAAUUAAGCACAAACAAAACCAAAAGUAUUUUUGUUCAAAAGUAAAUUUGCUCUUAUUUACGCUCAGCAAACGGAAUAAUAGGUGUAACCAGCAGGCUAGCUUGAUGUUCAAAGACAUUUGACUGGCAUUUUUUUGUUUUAUUUUUUUUUAAUCACAAGAGGGAUUCUGUGUCUGAAAUCAGAAGGUUAAGACAAUUAUGGAAACUUCAGGGAAAAAAAAAUAUGCCAUUUUACCUUUUGUGAUUUUCAUCAUAAUUCAGUAUGGUGCCAUAUUUCACACAUUUCUAUUUGACAUAUGAAUAGUGUUGCAGCUGUAGACAACGUUGCGUUUUUGAAGUAUAUAUUGUAUUCUUUCAUGCUUUCCCUGUGCAGUAAUUUGCUCAGUGUAGCCAAAGCAGGUUAUUUAGCGAGAAUCAGUUCGUACCAUUUUCCUUUCGAGUCUUUUUAUAUUUCAUGUGGCGAAGACGCACAACAUCUCAAUCUGAGAUAAAGCUGACGUUUUGCGUGUGUAUUUUUGCAUUCUGUUAUUGACAGCUCUAACCAGCUUUUAUUGUAAAGUCACUGUGUAACAAUGACAUGGGCCAACAGCUUCACAGCAACAUGGCUGCCAUUUCUUAUUGCAGAGCGAUAGUUCUAUAUGAGACAGAGAGAGAGAAAGAAAGAGAGAGAGAGAAUAGGUUUGGCUAAUAGAGAUUCAGAGUUCAAAAUCAGCAUGUUAGUCUCUCCUGUUUUUCUCUAAAACAGAUAUUUUGCAGUGUGACCUUCGUUUUUACUGAACGUGAACACUGAUGGUUUAUAAUGAAUAAGGGUGUGUACAUUUUAGUACAUGAUUUAUUUGUAUUUUGUACAUAUGACUUAAAGCAAGACCUAUUUUUACUGAA